AUGGGUAUUGACAAGAAUGAGACGGUCGCUAUCCUUGGUGCCGGGGCCUGGGGCCUGUCAACUGCGCUGCAUAUGUUGAAUGCAGGAUACACAAAUAUCACAGUCUUUGAUCAGUGCACCGAGAUACCUUCGCCUUUUUCUGGGGCAUACGAUUUGAAUAAGAUUGUCCGAGCUGAGUACGAAGAUAAUUUCUACACUGAACUGGCGCUGGAGGCUAUACGUGAAUGGAAAACUCCUUUCUGGGGAGCUAACUUCCAUCAAGUCGGCUAUGUUCUCGCAACUUCAGGCGCUGCACCCGAGAAGGCAGUCAAACAUCUACAGGAUGCACUUCUGUCGGUCAAGGAUCAUCCUGUUUUUGCUCCAGGGAUUACUAUGCUCAAUGAGCACGAAGAUUUCAAGAAUGUGUAUUGGCAAUUUUCCGGGCCUAUGCGUGGCUUCAAGGGAUACUUCAAUCGUCUUGCCGGAUAUGCACAUUCAUCCAACGCUAUGAGAGACAUUCACCAGUACCUCGUCGGCAAAGGGGUCAAAUUCGUGCUGGGGUCGAAAGAAGGAAAGGCGGUGAGGCUUCUAUACAACGAAAACGAGACUCCUGCCGAGAGGCGAUGCAUAGGAUUCCAGGCAGCGAAUGGACAGAUUCAUCACGCCCGACGCACCAUUGUAUGUCUAGGAGCCUGGGCAGCCACCCUUCUCCCAAGCCUGGGUUCCUUUGUCGUUGCCAAAUGUUGGUCAGUGGCUCACGUCCAACUCUCAGAACGAGAGUGUGACUACCUCCGAGGAAUCCCCGUCCUCAAUAUUCGAGACCUAGGAUUCUUCUUUGAGCCAGACCCAACCUCGAGGCUCCUCAAACUGUGUCCUCUCGGUGCAGGGUACAUAAACUCAGACAAGGACACCUCGAUAUCACUACCGCCCACGGACUCACUGCAGUUACCGAAGGACUAUAUACCGUUCUCAGAUGAGCAAAAGCUGAGAAGGUUGUUGAAACAGACGCUGCCAUGGUUAGCAGAGCGCCCCUUUGUGGACAAGAAAAUGUGCUGGUUUGCAGACACAUCAGACUCAGAAUACUGCAUUGACUUCGUGCCAGGCACUGGAGACUCGCUGAUCGUGAUGUCGGGAGACUCAGGACAUGGUUUCAAGAUGAUGCCAAUUGUCGGUCACUGGGCCGUGAAGCUCCUGGAAGAUGGACGGCAAGUCCUAUCUCGGUGGCAAUGGAAACAAAGCCAGGGGAGAGGGGGAAAGCAGUGGGGAGACGAGGGAGAACCCAUCGGAGCUUUGCCUGGCAUGGCUUCUCUUCGCUCAGAUACCCUCCGUGUUUCAGUGAGCGUUCGACAGUCUCUGCGCAUUGCUCGCGCCCAACGGAAAUCUCAUUCCUCUACUCACUCCCAAACAGUCAUCAACCCUGGAGCUGUAAAGGAGUCCUCCAAUACUGGAUCGACAAACUCGGGUACUUUUGCGGCGCCUCCGCUGGCACGCCUUUCAGCCUCGAGCAUCCUUCGCACCUUGCUAUUGAGUGCCUUCUUCACCUCCCCGCUGCUCUUCAGGCCCGGAUUUGCUUUGUUCCAGAAAAUUGCUCAUUCGCAAUCGGCAUGGCUGAAUCCAGACCGGAAUCCAUUGCUUCGAGCUGGUAUCCACCCCCUGAUCUACAAGCAGUUCUGCGCUGGCAGGAAUCGGACAGAAAUUGAACAAACAUCUUCCGAGAUCAGACGACUGGGAUUCUCUGGGGUGGUGUUGUGCUACGGUAAGGAAGUCCAAGUGGAGGGCGACAGGUUUGUCGGUCAGAAUGAGAGACAAGCGUUGGAAAUGGGGAAGGAAAUCGACCAGUGGGCGGAAGGUAACCUUGCGACUUUGGAGAUGACUGGACAGGGGGACUGGCUGGGGAUCAAAUAUAGUGGCGCCGGGACACAUGUCACAAAAGCCCUGAUGAAGGGUGAAAAGGCUCCAGUCAAGUUUGUCGAAGCCAUGGAGAAAAUUUGCCAACGUGCUGCUGCCAAAGACUGCCGUAUAUGGAUCGAUGCGGAGCAGCAAGCGUUGCAACCGAGCAUCGACCAAUGGACCUUCGAUCUCAUGCGUCGAUACAAUCGGCCCGGCCGUCAAGCCCUGAUAUACAACACAGUCCAGGCAUACCUCAAAUCCUCGCGAGACAAAGUACAAGACCAACUUCAGCUUGCGCGGAAGCAAGGCUGGCGGUUAGGCAUCAAGCUAGUCCGUGGCGCUUACAUUAACAAUGAUAUCCGGGAGGCAAUCCAUGACACCAAGGCGGAGACAGAUGCGUCGUACGAUGGUAUCGUCGAGGACCUCCUUUGUGGGAAGUUUCCGGCCAUGACCCACCAAGAGUCGGUAGAACUUGACCUAUUACUGGCAGGUCACAACGCCGACACAAUUCGGAGGGCAGCUCGUCUGGCGUCCAAAUUGGCCGCUCAGUCACAGUUGAAGGUGGUUCCGGAGUUCGGGCAGCUACAAGGGAUGGCUGACGACAUAGGGUGCGAGCUACUCCAGAUGGCAGAUGAUAUUAAGAGGGACAGUAGUCUGCCCCAGGCCAAUACUUAUAUUCCCAAAGUAUACAAGUGUCUGACCUGGGGCAGCAUUCAGGAAUGCAUGCAAUACUUGACACGCAGGCUCGUUGAAAAUCGAGGUGCGGCCGACCGAAUGAAAGUAGGUGCCGCUGAGUUUCGGAGAGAACUUCUGCAUUAA